UUCAACGCAAACAUUUGACCAAAUAGUAGUGUGGUGUGAAACUAGCGGAUGGAUUGAAAAUUUUAUUUGUGCGUGAAGAAGCAAAAGGAAUAUUCAAGUGGUGAAUCAUAAAUUACAAUCUGCACUGGCAAAUAAAGUAAUUGUGUGCAUUUGCAAUUGAAAAUAAAAAUUACAACAAAAUUCAAUAAGAAAGUGAAAACCUAAGGUGUUCAAUAGUGAAAUAUAGCAAAGUGCAGUUAAUUGGCUGGUUGAAGCACCAAGGAAAGUGGAUUUGCGCAGACGCGACAGUGAAAAAGAAAGGAAAAGAAUCAUCGCGUGCGUCCGUGAAAGAGCAGUUGGUGAACAAAAAAAAACUGACCAAAAAUCGACAAGUUUACACGCGAAGGCCUAAUUGCAAUUCGCAAUCCGUAACUGUGUUUUGUGAAUACUUGGUGGCUGGCGUAGUUCAACCAUAAAUCAUUUAUUUGUGAUCUCUGUGGUUUGCAUAGUUUCGGUGCAAAAUCCGUGGCUGUUGGUGAAGUGUAAAGUGUCACAUUAAAGUGCUACCAACUAGCAGAAAAAAAGUUAAAUAAAAUUCAAUAAAAAAUGGGUUGCGCUGUGAGUACGUCGCGCGAUAAGGAGGCGGUGGAACAUUCGAAGAACAUCGAUCGGGUGCUGCAAAGGGAUGCAGAGCGUGCGGCUGCAGAGGUGAAACUGCUGCUUUUGGGCGCCGGCGAAUCUGGUAAAUCCACCAUCGUCAAACAGAUGAAAAUUAUCCAUGACAAGGGCUACUCACAAGAAGAAUGCGAACAAUAUCGUCGCGUUGUCUACAGCAACACCAUACAGAGUAUGAUGGCCAUCAUACGUGCUAUGGGUCAUUUGAAGAUCGAUUUUGCGGAUCCAUCGAAAACGGAAAUUGCACGUCAAUUCUUCACAUAUGCCUCAACGGCGGAAGAGGGUAUACUACUGCCGGAAAUUGUGCUGCUCAUGAAGAAACUCUGGGCCGAUGCGGGUGUACAACAGUCUUUUUCACGUUCACGUGAAUAUCAGCUGAACGAUUCGGCUGCGUAUUAUCUGAAUCUGUUGGAUGAGAUCUCAAAGCCAAAUUACAUACCAACACUAGAGGAUGUCCUGCGGACACGCGUCAAGACCACCGGCAUUGUGGAGACACAAUUCUCAUGCAAAGGCAUGCAUUUCAAAAUGUUUGAUGUUGGUGGCCAACGCUCGGAACGCAAGAAAUGGAUUCACUGCUUCGAAGGUGUUACGGCGAUCAUAUUUUGUGUCGCAUUGUCGGGAUACGAUCUAGUACUUGCCGAAGACGAAGAAAUGAAUCGUAUGAUUGAAUCACUCAAAUUAUUCGAUUCGAUAUGCAAUUCCAAAUGGUUUGUGGAAACAUCAAUAAUAUUAUUCUUGAAUAAAAAGGAUUUAUUCGAAGAAAAAAUCAAAAGAUCUCCACUCACAAUCUGCUUUCCGGAAUAUACAGGUCCCAACACUUAUGAGGACGCCACCAAUUAUAUACGUAUAAAAUUCGAGAGUCUGAACAAGCGAAAAGACCAGAAAGAGAUUUAUACGCAUCUAACAUGUGCAACGGACACGAACAAUGUGCGCUUUGUUUUCGAUGCCGUCACCGAUGUUAUCAUUAAGAACAAUCUCAGAGAUUGUGGGCUUUUUUAAAAUUACACUAAAACUAAUUGAUACGUUUGCAUUUAAGUUAAUCUUUUCCACGCUACAUUUGCAUAUACGAAUGCCUACAACAUGAAUAUGUAUGUACGUAUGUAUUUGCGCAGUGCAUUUCGCUGGUGUAUCGCUGGUAUUCAUUAUAGAUCAUUGAUCCAUACAUUCCCAUGCCACUACACAUACCUAAGAUGUAGGUACUACAUAUAUUUACAAGGCAUAUGCGUUCAAGUAAUAACUUUUCCACUAGUAGUUUUGCUUUUGUAAAAUUUCAAGUUCACUGAAUAUUGCUGCAUAUGCACAAAUCAAAAAAAAAAGAAUAUAUAUUUACCGUUUGUGUUAGUAUUAUUAUGUAUAAAGCUACUUGAGAAUGCAAUUUGAAAUUUGUAGCUUGUGUUUAGUUAUGUAAGUAGGAAAAAAUAUUUGCAAAAUCUAAUUAUUACUCCACUGGAGUUGACAAUAAACUACUCUGGUCAAAUAGAAGAGUUUCAUAUGCGACAAAAUGUUAAUAUUUAUUGACUAAAAGAACUAAAAAGAAGUAUACUACUGAAACACAAAUUAUUUAAUUAUUAAUAAGAAGAUAAUUAUUUUACAUACAUAACUACUAAUUAAUAAUGUUUAACAGCACAAUUUUUAUAAAAGAAAAAAAAAAUGAAAACAAAUUUACAUGAACAAUAAUUAGUUAGUGUGUUUGAUAUAAGAAACUCUGUGCAUUCCAUUACAUUUCUCUACCAGUCCGUGAGAGCCUGAAAUGUGUCGAAUAUUAAUAUUUUCCGAACGAUAGCUUUUGUUUGUAAUUUGCAAUUUUUAAGCGCAGUAAUAAUUGCUGUCGAAAAAAGCAAUAAUUUUGUCAUGACAUUUUCAGUAAUGUGAUGUGUCUACUUGCUACUGCUACUAAUCGUAAUCAUAUUUAAUUAGGACAUAUUUUUUUACGAUAGUGAAAAAGAAAACGAUUUUUAUUUUGUAACUUUAGUUUUAAUGUACAAAAUAUUAUAUAAUAUAUUAAAAUAAAUUAUGCGAUAAACAACUAAAUUAGAA